GACGAGACAUGCGCGGCAACGGAGAUCAACAAGAUGAUGUGCCGUGUCGUUGUCAAUAAGUUGCUUCCACUCCACGAGUACGCGCCAGACGACCCACUGUCACCAGGCGAGCCCUCCCAUAACGUCCAAGCCAUUCUGCCGAAUAUUCUUCCAGAGCCAUUCGUCUACGAGAACCGCCGCCAGUUCCUCGAGACCGUCAACGAAGGUAGCAUUCGCGCAGCGAUAUCAUCUUUGUUCGACGUCGACUUGUCGUCAAGCGCAAAGGCCAGUCUCUUGAUGCAGGGCGGAACGGUAAAGAGAUAUACUCUGAACAAUCCGAAAAAGAUAUUCAGCAAGUUGAUGGAGAAUGAGGACUAUGCGCGCGACGUGAGGGAUUUGUUGAAAGACACGUCCUUUGGACGAGCAUACUUGGUAGUCGGAUUCUUGACAACCACUGGGACUAUAUGGACGCAAACUGAGAGUCGAAGCAUGUCGGCCGGGCUUAAAGUAACACUUCCUGCUCAAGUGGUAGGAUUACCUCUCCUUGGAGUUGCAAACCCGGAACUUCACCCAUCGGUCUCAACCAUAAAACGACAAGACCGACAUAUGCAUGCGGUUGAAGAAGAGAUCUUUGCCAUCGCGUAUGACGAGGUCAAGACUUCUUACGGCAUAUUGAAAAAGACACCUGUGUUGGGAAGUUCAGUCCGGCCCCAAGGUAAAUCAUUUGCAUUCACACCCGAGAGCGAUUCCGAUGACUCGAGUGAUGAAGACGACGGCUCAGACGCUAUGGAAGUUGUGUUAGUGGAUGGGUACGACGAGGACGAUGAGGACGAUGACUUCAUGGCCCGGCCGAAUCAUUUUGAUUGCGAAGUGGAAGAUUGAUAGCGAGUCGAGUGAAGAUAGAUGAGAAUUAUCGGAAAGGGGUGCUAGCAUGUGAGCACCAGAGCAAUAUUAUCAGAAUUAAGCACCAUUUCACGCACUACGAAUCGC